CUAACAUUUAUUUUAAGUGUGUUAUUUAGGUUCAGGACUCAGUCAGAACAGCGUAUGAGGAUGGAUAUGUUGUUUUAUUUUUUAAUCAUUCUAAUUCAUGGAAUUAAUGCAGCAUCCCGUUCUAGAAAAGACCUGAUGCCGCACAUGCCAAAUGUGUGUGCUGAGAAGGAGGUGAAGCUUGUGGCCCAGAUGCAGCCGUGUGUCCAGGCCUUCACUCGGAUGGUUAAAGCCUGGAAACAGGGAUGCCAGGGACAGUCCUGGUGCAUGGGCUACGAGAGGAGAACGGCGUACUACACUGCAUAUAGACAGGUGUAUCGACAGGAACACCAGACGGUUUAUAAGUGCUGCUCAGGAUGGUCCCAGCUCAACGGGGAGGCCGGGUGUCUGUACCCUGUUUGCAGUUAUGGCGUGUGCUUUAAUGGAGGUCAGUGUAGAGAAGCUUCUGCUCAACUCUGUGACUGUCCGGCCGGCUUCAGUGGUCCGAGCUGCCAGUACGACGUGAACGAGUGUGAAGAGACCAAUGGAGGCUGUGAAGCUGUGUGCUGUAACACUAUCGGCAGCUUCUACUGUAAGUGUCCCGCAGGUCAAGAGCUCAAGGAGGACGGCAGGACCUGCCAGGAUGUUGACGAAUGCCAGGUGCAUAACGGUGGCUGUCAGCACGUGUGUGUGAACACCAGGGGCUCAUAUCACUGCCAGUGUAACGCUGGAACUCGACUGCAUGUGGACGGACGCACUUGCAUCGCCGUCCACUCCUGCAGUGUUAGGAACGGUGGCUGUGAGCAUUUCUGCGUCCAGCAGACGGCGGGUCGUUUCCAGUGCCGCUGUCGACCCGAUCACAGACUUCAUGAGGACGGGAAACACUGCAAAUUGGAGGACCCGUGUGCAGAGCGUAACGGUGGCUGUUCUCAGGAGUGCCUCAGGGAUCGAGAUCAGGCCCGCUGUGAAUGUCGUUCAGGUUAUCAGCUGGCUGAAGAUGCCAAGACCUGUGAAGACAUCGACGAGUGCCAGACGGGCCAGGCGGACUGCGCUCAUGGAUGCCGUAACACUAGAGGAUCUUUUGUGUGUGUUUGUCCCGCUGCCUAUGAGCUGGGUGUGGAUGGCAAGCAGUGUUAUCGUAUCGAGAUGGAGAUCAUAAACAGCUGUGAUCAUAAUAACGGUGGUUGUUCUCAUCACUGUGAACAUUCAUCCACUGGACCCGUGUGCAGCUGUAACCAAGGACAUCAUCUGGACGACGACCACAAGACCUGCAUCGAUAUAAACGAGUGUGCAGACGGCAGCUCGUGUUGUGAGCACGACUGCACAAACUAUGCUGGAGGUUAUGAGUGUUACUGUACAGCCGGAUAUCGUCUGAACGCUGAUGGAUGCAGCUGUGACGAUAUAGAUGAGUGUUUGGCUGCUAGCGGAGGAUGUGAUCACACGUGUCAGAAUAACGCCGGCUCCUUCCAGUGUUUCUGUAGACGCGGCUAUCGUCUCGAUGAAGACCGACGCUCCUGUAUAUUGCUGCAGGAGUCCGUGGAGGCGUUGAGCAGUGGUGUGGAGAAACCCCGACCUCAUCUCACUAUCCUUCAGGAAUAUGAUCAGAUCCUGGAGCGAUACGACGACUAUGAGGACGACACGGGAGAACUGCGCGCUGAGAACACUUUAACUGAGAAAUUCAUUUGUUUGAACGGCUCGUUCGGCUUCGACUGCAGUCUGUCGUGUGAGGAUUGUGCUAACAGAGGAGUGUGUAACAAACACACAAACGGCUGUGACUGUCCUGACGGAUGGACGGGGAUCGUUUGCAAUGAGACGUGUGCGGAGGGCUGGUUCGGCAGGAAUUGCUCGUUGAGCUGUAAGUGUAAGAACGGUGGUGUGUGUGAUCCGGUCACGGGGAGCUGCCGCUGUCCACCAGGGGUCAGUGGAGAGCUGUGUCAGGACGGUUGUCCUAAGGGUCUCUAUGGGAAGUUCUGUAAUAAGAAGUGUAACUGUGCUAAUAAUGGACGGUGUCAUCGCACUUAUGGAGCGUGUCUGUGUGACCCGGGACUGUACGGAAGGUUCUGCCAUCUAUCAUGUCCGAAGUGGAUGUUCGGUCCAGGCUGUUCUGAAGAGUGUGUGUGUGUCCAGAAGAACACUGUAGAGUGUAACCGUCAUCACGGUGCCUGCGUCUGCAAGCCCGGGUAUCGGGGCGAGAGCUGUGGAGACGAGUGUGAAUCAGGCUUCUUUGGCUCUGGCUGCGAGAGGAAAUGCUCCUGUCCGGAUGGAGUGACCUGUGAUCAUGUGACUGGAGCCUGUCAACCGCAGUGUCCCGCUGGAAAGAGAGGAGACGAAUGUGACCAAGAUUGUGUUGAUGGAAGAUUUGGGAUUGGCUGCUCUCAGUCAUGUGACUGUUCAGGGGCAUCAUGUGACAGGAUCACUGGCCAAUGCAUGUGUCCUGCUGGAACGUUUGGAAACCGUUGUGAAAAAGAGUGUGUGGAGGGUCUCUGGGGUGUUGGAUGUCAGGAAACGUGUGUGUCCUGUGAGAACGGGGGCCGCUGUGACCGGCGUGAUGGCACGUGUGUGUGCGCUCCGGGAUUCAUCGGCAGAUCGUGUCAGAACAUGUGUCCCGCGGGCCGUUUCGGUGUGGGCUGUCAGCUCAGAUGUGUGUGUGAUAAUGGAGGACGUUGUGAUCCUGUAACGGGACGCUGCUCAUGUCCUCCCGGCUGGACGGGCCACAGCUGCAGGAAGGCCUGUGACACGGGCCGCUGGGGUCUGGACUGUGUGAGUGUGUGUGAGUGUGGAAACAGUGACGGAGGGUGUGACGCUCAGACCGGACGCUGUCAGUGUGAGGCGGGUUUCACCGGACCACGAUGUGACCAGAAAUGCCCUGCUGGUUCAUUUGGGCCGGGCUGCAAGCAUCGCUGCCAGUGUGAAAACCAGGCAUCAUGUGACCAUGUGGGUGGAGCUUGUACCUGUAAGAUUGGCUGGACUGGAACGUUCUGUGAAAAACCUUGUCCGCAGGGUUUCUAUGGUCUGGAUUGUCAGCAGAAGUGUGUGUGUAUGAACGGGGGUCUCUGUGAUCAUGUGCAUGGUGAAUGUUCCUGCCGGCCUGGCUGGAUCGGUCCACACUGUAACCAAACGUGUCCUGCGGGAUCGUACGGAGCGAGCUGUUCUCAGACGUGUGUGUGUCACAAUAACAGCAGCUGUGAUGCUGUGCGCGGUCAGUGUGUGUGCAGCGCGGGGUGGACGGGAGACUCCUGCUCACAGCGAUGUUCUCCAGGUUUCUUCGGUUUGGGCUGUUCUGAGAUGUGUGUGUGUGAGAACGGGGGCUUGUGUGACCCUGCGAGCGGCCGAUGCUUCUGUCCCAGCGGCUGGACGGGAUCCGCCUGUCAACUGGAAUGCCCAGCGGGUCGGUUCGGGUCAGACUGUCAGGACAGAUGUGAGUGUGAGAACGGCGGUCAGUGUGACGGACAGACGGGUCGAUGUGUGUGUCAGCCGGGCUGGACAGGAGAACGCUGUGAGAACGCGUGUGUGUCGGGGCGGUUCGGAGUUGGCUGUGAGGGCCUGUGUGAGUGUGAGCACAGCGCCCCCUGUCAUCACGUGAGUGGACAGUGUGUGUGUCCUGCAGGAUGGAGAGGAAGACGCUGUGAGAAAGCGUGUCUGCCGGGCUCAUACGGGCAGGACUGUGAUCAGAUCUGCUCUUGUCCGUCGGGAUCCUCCUGUCAUCAUGUGACCGGAGUGUGUGGAUGCCCUCCUGGACACACGGGCGACGGCUGCGAGCUCAUGUGUGUUUCCGGCACGUUCGGCAUCAACUGUAACCAGGUGUGUCAGUGUGCCGAGAGGAACCAGCUGUGCCACCCGGUGUCCGGAGUGUGUUACUGCGCGCCCGGCUUCAGCGGACACACGUGUGGUCAGGCGUGUGCUGAUGGACUCUACGGUCCCGACUGUGAGCGUCAGUGUCAGUGUUUGAACGGAGGAGUGUGUGUCUCAGUCUCGGGCGCCUGUGAAUGUUCAGCCGGAUUCAUCGGAGCUCGCUGUAACCUCACGUGUCCUGCUGGACGCUACGGGCUGGACUGUGUUCACGUGUCCAGAUGUGGGAACGGGACGAGAAGCGACCCAGUCACAGGCAGAUGUGUGAGAGACGAGCGUGACCGAGUCUGUCCUGCAGGCUGGUUUGGAUCUGGUUGUUCUCAGCGCUGUGACUGCAGGAACAGAGGUGUGUGUGACUCCGUCUCUGGAAACUGCUCAUGUGGCCUCGGCUGGACCGGCUCACACUGUGAGAAAGAAUGUCCCGAGGGUCGGUUCGGUCCUGAUUGUGCGCUUCAGUGUUCGUGUGUGAACAACAGCACGUGUGACGGAGUAACAGGAAGCUGUCGGUGUGCAGCGGGAUAUUACGGACAUCUGUGUGAACACGUGUGUCCUGCCGGUGUGUUCGGGUCUCGGUGUCAGCAUCGCUGUGACUGUGUGAACGGGGCGUCCUGCCUCCCGAGAACCGGACAGUGUGUGUGUCCCGCUGGACUUCACGGCUCUCGUUGUGAGAGAGAAUGUGAGCGCGGCUCGUUCGGGCUGAACUGCUCCCGGUCAUGUGACUGUGCGGGACACACACCAUGUGACCCGGUGAGUGGCAGGUGUAUCUGCCCGUCGGGAAAGACAGGAGUCAGGUGUGACAGCGACUGCAGUGUGAACCGCUACGGGCCCGACUGCGCGCUCGCGUGUGAGUGUGAGAACGGCUCUCAGUGCGACAGCAGGAACGGACGCUGUGUGUGUCUGAACGGCUGGAUCGGUCUCACGUGUUCAGAACGUGAAACUCCAGAGCUGGACUCCAGAAGUGUAGAAGAGAGCCAGUCACAGCUCAACUCCUCAUAGCACACACACACACACACACACACACACACACACACACAAAGACUACAUGGAAGCACGAGUGUGUUG